AUGAGCUAUGCAGAGCUCGACCAGCUGGCCGUAACGAGAUCGGCUGGCGCUUGUCUUUGUGCAUCAGACGAUGGACUGGAGGAUGUCUGCAUUUGCAAGAUCGUUGCAAUCUACGAGCGGUCCGUUCUCGAUACUGAACCCAAUGCGUCAAACGUGAUGUGGAGUGUUGCCCUCUCUAGCUCUUCUCCCGGAAGUGGAAGUCGUAUCGGGCACCGAUUGGCUUUCGAAUUCGUUGUUACAAGGUGUAUGACCAGAGUCACUGAACACAGUACAUGGUGUGGGCCCCAUACGCACUACAUGGGAGUUGAGCAAUGGCAUGAAGUGUGA